GCGGAAGGUGGGUGGGGGCUGAGCUGGGUGCCCUUGCCGGGGGCCAGGGGCUCCAAGGCAGAGGCUGUGGGGCCAUUUCCUCCCCCUGCUUGUGCCUGUCCUGUCUCCUGGACGGUGUCCGAUGGCAGCUGCCCCAGACAUGGACCCCGAGGCGGAGUGCAGCGUGGACAUCAUCCUGGUGGGCUCCAGUGAGCAGUCGUCCACCCCUUCGCCCGAGCCGCGCAGAGAUCUGAUUGCAUAUGAAGUCAAGGGUAACCAGCGAGCCAUAGAAGAGCUGUGCAUCUGCUGUGGGAGCUUCCAGGUGCGCAGGCAGCACCCCCUGUUCGAGGGUGGGAUGUGCUCCCCCUGCAAGGACAAGUUCCGGGACUACUUCUUCCUGUACGAUGAGGACGGGUACCAGUCCUACUGCUGCAUCUGCUGCGCCGGACAGACGCUGCUCAUCUGCGAAAACCCCGACUGCACGCGGUGCUACUGCUUCGAGUGCGUGGACACCCUGGUGGGGCCCGGGACCUCGGGGAAAGUUCAGGCCAUGAGUAACUGGGUGUGCUUCCUGUGCCUGCCCUCCCCCCGCAACGGGCUGCUGCAGCGCAGGAGGAAGUGGCGGGAGCGGCUGAAGGCCUUCUAUGACCAGGAUCCGGAGAGUCCCCUUGAGAUGUAUAAAACGGUGCCUGUGUGGAAGAGAGAGCCGGUCCGCGUGCUGUCCCUUUUUGGGGACAUCAGGAAAGAGCUGACGGGUUUGGGCUUUUUGGAAAGUGUUUCUGGCUCAGGAAAACUGAAAUACCUGGACGAUGUUACCAACGUGGUCAGGAGGGACGUGGAAGAGUGGGGCCCGUUCGACCUCGUGUACGGCUGCACACCUCCCCUCCGCCAGCCCUGUGACCACCCUCCGGGGUGGUACCUGUUCCAGUUCCACCGCGUCCUGCAGUACGCACGGCCCCGGCCCAGCGGUUCACAGCCCUUCUUCUGGAUGUUCGUGGACAACCUGAUGCUGACCGAGGACGACCGUGUCAUCGCCACACGCUUCCUGGAGACAGACCCCGUGACCAUCCUGGACACCUGCGGCAGAGCCGUCCGGAACGCCGUGCAUGUGUGGAGCAACAUCCCGGCCAUGAGGAGCAGGCAUUCGGCCCAGGUGCCCCCCGAGGAGCUGGCCCAGCUGGCCCAGGACCGGCAGAGAGCACGGGCCGCUGCCCUCGGGCCGGCCACGCUGGUGAAGAAGUGCUUCCUCCCCCUGAGAGAAUAUUUCAAGUAUUCAACCGAACUCACUUCCUCUUUAUAAGUGAGUCAUUCUACCGCGAAAAAAGAAAAAAGACUUUUCUUAGAACUAAGAUAACUUUCCUGAUAUUGUCUCCAUUGUCCUCUUCAAAUGAUUAUUUUAUUUGCUUGACCUUGGAUUUCCCGUGGUGGCCUCAGACCCCCUCCCUUUGGGUCUGGAGAUUAGCCGCCGCCCCUCCUCCCCACCCCCACACGUCCUUCCCGGGAGGGGGCGAAGUGCCCGGCUCUCACCAGGGACAACAUCCUGAUGUUCAAGUGCAUGUGUGCUGCUGAAAGUGUUUCUGUGUGCUGUUUGAGGAAUUAAAAAUACUUAUUACGCAG